CUUUUUGGGUUCUUGAAGAAUCCUAAGAAUGGAAGAAUCGCUUCGGAAGCUUGCGCUAUGGCACACAAAGACUUUCAAGCCAAUCAUGACUCACGACGAAUUGGAACCCAUCAUGGCCACACUCGGCUUCAUUGGUCUCCCUGUAUCGUCGUUGUCGAUUUCUUCUUCUUCUUCUUCGUCUCCGACAAACGCGGGCGGCGGUGCCUGGAAAGAAUACGUGUUUUCCGCCGCCGGUGGUUGUCGAAAUCGGUCUCCCACGGAGGCGCUGCCGCGGCCGAGGCUUCCGUAUCCGAGGAUCGACGGGUUACACACUUGCACGUAUCGAGCCUUCAUCGAUGCUAUUGCCUUUUACCUCGGGAAGAGUGAUAUCUCCGAUCUCUUCCACGUUAGGGGAAUGCCUCUUCAUCGAGUUUAUGACCGGCCUUUUGAUAAAAAGUUCCGUCGCUUAGAGGAGGAAGAAGGGAUCUAUGUUUUCAGAGAAGGUACCUUGGACCAGGCAACAUUUAUGCUCUAUAACAACAAUAACAGUAACAGCAGCAGCAACAGCAACAACAGUAACAUGAUCAUCGCUAUUAGGACCAGUAAUCCCGCCAUAAGCAAUCUUGUUCCAUUGAAAGAUAUCAUUGUGUGAUCUUCCCCAUACUCUUCCCCCCAAGCUUUUUGGCAUCUCUGCAUCUUCAUAAAGUUUUGAUAGUUAAAAUGAGAGUGAACCCAACAAUCUUUGGU